AUUGAGUCUUUCCUCCUCUCGUUUGGUGGUGGCGGCGGCGGCGACGAAGGCGAAGGCGACGACGGGGGAGGAUAUCUGCAGGGCGAGUACGAUUCUCGAUAUGCGCCACGUUAUUUGAUUUAAGUUUAGGAGGGAGGACUUCCAGCGCACGAGAAAACGCGAAAGAGAGACCUAAUUACUGCGAUCGCUUCGAGGCUUCCCCCGGUCUGCCCUCUGGGAGAUUCAAGCUCCAGUUGCAUCAGUUUUUGAUCACGGCCUCAAAAACCCUCGCAAACCCAGUCUUUCCUCUCUCGUUUGGCGGCGGCGGCGGCGACGAAGGCGAAGGCGAAGGCGACGACGGGGGAGGAGGCUUUUCCUUUCUCCUUUUAUCUCCUAAAAGAUGCCGAAGCACUACCGGCCCCCGGGGAAGAAAAAGGAAGGAAACGCGGCGAAGUACAUCACGAGGACGAAGGCGGUUCAUUAUCUUCAAGUUAGUCUGUCCACCUUCAGGAAACUAUGCAUUCUCAAAGGUAUUUUUCCACGGGAACCGAAGAAGAAGGUGGAAGGGAAUCACAAGACUUACUAUCACAUGAAGGAUAUCUUGUUUCUCGCCCACGAGCCUCUACUCGAGAAAUUCAGGGACAUACGGGCCCAUAAAAAGAAGGUUAAGAAAGCUUUGGCAAGGAAAAACAGGGAACUCGCAGAUCGCCUUCUGAACCGUGAACCUACUUAUAAGCUUGACAGGCUUAUCUUAGAAAGGUAUCCCACUUUUGUUGAUGCGCUAAGAGACCUGGAUGACUGCCUUACUAUGGUUCACCUUUUCGCUGCAUUGCCAGCAGUUGAGGGUGAGCGGAUUCAAGUGGAACGUAUUCAUAAUUGUAGAAGGUUAAGUCAUGAAUGGCAAGCCUACAUUUCUCGAACUCAUAGCCUACGGAAGACUUUCAUAUCUGUGAAAGGCAUUUAUUAUCAGGCUGAGGUUGAGGGUCAGAAGAUCACAUGGUUAACUCCACAUGCCUUGCAACAGGUUUUGACUGACGAUGUCGACUUCAAUGUCAUGCUUACCUUUUCAGAAUUUUACGUGGCUCUUCUAGGUUUUGUAAAUUUCAAGCUUUAUCAUUCAAUAAAUGUGAAGUAUCCCCCUAUUCUUGAUCCUCGGCUGGAAGCUUUAGCUGCUGAGCUUUAUGCAUUGUGUCGCUACAUUUCUGCUGGAUCUGGAAGGUUAUCCGGGGAUCCUCAAGCGGUUACUUCUAUUGAAGAUGGACAACGUGAGGUUGAGAAAACAGGUACACGAACUGAGGAAUCUGAGCUUAGGCUUGCUCAGCUGCAACAUCAGCUUCCAGCCAAUGAACCAGGUGCACUAAUGCAUCUCAUGGAGAAUGCUGAUGACAUGGAUGAUGAUGAUCAUGAGAAAAAAGAAUGCAGAAAUCUUUUCAGAAACUUCAAAAUUUUCUUAAGUCGUGAGGUUCCAAGAGAGUCAUUGCUGUUUGUAAUUCCAGCUUUCGGUGGGGUGGUCUCUUGGGAGGGUGAUGGUUCUCCAUUUAAAGAAUCAGAUGAGGACAUCACUCAUCAGAUUGUUGAUAGGCCAACACAAGGACAUGUUUUCCUUUCUAGAGAAUACGUUCAGCCACAAUGGGUGUAUGAUUGCAUUAAUGCUCGGAUUAUAUUACCGACAGAGAAAUACUUAGUUGGAAGGGUUCCACCACCACAUUUGUCACCUUUUGUUGACAAUGAAGCUGAAGGAUAUGUUCCUGAGUAUGCAGAAACAAUCAAGCGCCUUCAAGCUGCAGCCAAGAAGCAAGUAUUACCGAUGCCAGGCGUAGAAAGUCAAGGUUUAGAUGAUCCACAGACUCUUUUGGUUGAAGGAAUUAUUGAUCGUACCAAAGCUAAUGAAGCUGCUGAAAAGAAGCGGAAGUUGACGAUGCUUGAGAAGCAGUACCAUGAUGAAUUGAAUAUGGAACUCCAGGGAAUCACAUACUCUACGUCUUUGUCUAAUAAGAACUUGCAAAGCUCAGUUGAGAAUGUAAAAGAAGAUACUAUGACUACCCUGGAAGAAAGUGAGGAUCUUUCUAAGGUUUCUAUGUCUCGCAAAAAGAGGAAGCUUUAUGAGGCUAUGAAGAUUGGUCAAGAACGGAAAAAGGAUAAGAUCAAGCUCCUCAAAGAGAGAAAGAAAAACGCAGAAGCCAGUAAAACCGGCUGACCUACUAGUUCCAAUCUUCUGCUGCGGCCAUCAAGAGAUCCUCUCGAGUCUGCUAUUUGCGGCUGUCGUGUGCCCAUGUCGAGUUUCCAAAGUAUAACACAAUACAAUAUACCUCUGAUUUAUUUUCGGUCAUUUUUGUUCCUAAAGAGGCUUGACUACCAGAGAGUAACUUAUGCAACAAAUUUUCAGUAGACUUGUAUUAUUCAAGUACUUCGUACCAUCUAAAGAGACUUCAGCUUGACAUUC